AUUUGCAUUUAUGGUAGCAGUAGCAGAACGAACACCUUUGUCAGCAACGAAAUUUCUCUAAUAAAGUAAUCAAAUAGACGCAAGGAUGUCCGCCGAAGUGGAGGAGCUACUGAAGCGCUUUCAGUCCAUGAAGAACGUCACCGGCAUAGUUGUGGUGGACAACGACGGCAUUCCCAUCAAGACGACCCUGGAAUACAACCUGACCCUCCACUACGCGGCACUGAUGCAAACGGUGCGGGAGAAGGCGCGCCAGGUGGUCCUGGAUCUGGACGCCACCAAUGAAUUCACCUUCCUGCGGCUGCGGACUGAGCAGAAUGAGCUGCUGCUGUGCCCGCAGGAGGAUUACUUCAUCAUGGUGAUCCAGAGCCCCUGCGACUAGAGCACAAUAUUCAAGGCCCAAGCUCAUUCGGCUUUGCAAUUAUUCGCAGGCAGAGUGUUCAGUAAAUGUUAUUAAAAUACUCGGCAUAGUCUCGAUUUCGCCCACCAGC